UACAUUUUUAUGUGUGCGUUAUGUUGCCUACCUAUCCUCUAGUCUUUUUGUUAUUGUUGGAAAGUUAACACAAAUGUUAUAAUAAAUUAUGUAUCAUCUUCUUAUCUUUCUUCUACUGGCGGUACCAUAAGUUCAACUGCCCCAAUCAAUGGGAAUGGAUGCUAAACUAGUACUCGGUAACAUAGGCACCCCCAUGUAUUUUGUAACUAAAGGAGCAAAGUUCUUCGUUACUAACAUCCGUUAGUGUUAGCUGAACAACCUGACAAUGGAGACGGCAAACAUUAGACCGCUGCUCGACCCCAUUAGUUCCGAUACUGACGAAGAGGUGCACAUUCCCAACAUAAAUGACGAUCGAAUCGUCGCAGUUAAGGACGACGAGCCCUUAUUCAAGCCUCAAGAGCCGAGAGACAAAUACAAUAUUGUUUUCUUCAUUUUUUACCUUUUAGGAAUGACGACAUUACUGCCGUGGAAUUUUUUUAUAACUGCAAAUGAUUAUUGGAUGUACAAAUUUCGUGAUCCCAAAAGUCAACUUAAUUUUUUUAGUCCGCCGCCGAAACGGACACCCUUACAAGCCAGCUUUACAUCCUACCUCAGCAUUGCAUCAAAUGUGCCAUGUGUAAUUUUUCUUAUAGUCAACACUGCACUCAACAAACGGGUUUCAUUAAAUACACGUAUGAUUGGCUCACUGAUUGUAAUGUUAAUUUUACUUGUGAUAACAACAGUCUUCGUUAAAGUUGAUACCGACGACUGGCAAACCGAAUUUUUCGCCAUUACUUUAGUAACUGUUGUGCUCUUAAAUGUUGCGAGUGCCAUACUAUCGGGAAGUCUCUUUGGAAUAGUCGGCAAAUUCUCACCAAAGUAUAUCACGGCUGUGUUCGGGGGACAAGCACUCGGGGCGAUAUUUACAGCUCUUGUACAAAUUAUGGCGUUAUCAAUCGGCGCAUCGUCAAUCUUCAGUGGUUUGAUCUAUUACAUGGUCGGGAACGUUGUAAUUGUCAUUUCCAUAAUUUUCUACAUUAUAUUAUCAAAAGCUGUAUAUUUUAAAUACCACAUCGCGACCAAGAUGGGGGCGGAUCUGCACGAAUUUUCGGCCGACCUACUCAGGCCGCAACUCAUAGACCACAAGGCGAUUUUAAAGAAAAUUUGGAAAUAUGCCGCUUCUGUCUUUUCGGUUUUCUUUAUCACACUCUCAGUGUAUCCCGGAGUUGCCGUCCUUAUCGAGUCCGAGAUAAAGGGAAAGACGUGGAACGAUACUUAUUUCGUACCUGUCGUUACGUACCUGUUGAUGAAUUGUUGCGAUUAUACUGGACGAAUUUUAGCGGGUUUAAUUCACUGGCCUAAGAAAGGUUCACAUCUUUUGGUGUUAUGCCUGAUGCGUGCAGUGUUUAUUCCACUCUUUUUGCUGUGCAAUGUACAACCCCGACACAAUUUGCCGGUGAUUUUUAAUCAUGACUAUCACUAUAUUAUUAUUAUGGUGCUAUUUUCAAUUACAAAUGGAUAUUUGGGAAAUUUAGCAUUGAUGUGUGCGCCAAGAGUUGUCAAACAUCACGAGAAGGAAAUUGCCUCAUCAAUGGUCGCUAUAUUUUUAGGACUUGGACUUACAGUUGGUUCUGGACUGAGUAUAAUUUUUGUAAAACUGGUGUAACUUCCUAGAACUUUGUUAUAUACCUAAGUAAAUAAAUGUGCAGUUAUUUUUUUUUAAUUAAAUGAAAACUAUUA